GCUCGCGCGGCCGGAGCGUGCUUUCGCCGCCCGGGAGCCGUUCGGCCCAAGCGCCAGCACUUCCCCGCCAGGUCCCCCUCCAGGUCCCCGCCCCUCCGCGUCCCGGGACCCGGCUCGGUCCGGAGCCGCGCCUAGCGUUCGGGCAUGCCCCGCUACGAGCUGGCUUUGAUCCUGAAAGCCAUGCAGCGGCCAGAGACUGCUGCAGCUUUGAAACGGACGAUAGAAGCACUGAUGGACAGAGGAGCCAUAGUGAGGAACUUGGAAAACCUGGGUGAGCGAGCACUUCCUUAUAAGAUGUCUGCCCACAGUCAGCAGCACAGGAAAGCGGGGUAUUUCUUGGUGGAUUUUUAUGCACCAACAACAACUAUCGAAAGUAUAAUGGAGCACUUGUCUCGAGAUGUCGAUGUGAUUAGACCAAAUGUUGUAAAACACCCUCUGACCCAGGAAGUAAAAGAGUGUGGAGGCAUCGUUCCAUUCCCAGUUGAGGAAAAGUUAUAUUCUGCAAAGAAGAGGAAGUGAGAAGAUUGACCAGAUUUUAACCUUGUGUUGGAUUGUCUGGGGCCUGGGCAGCGAGAGUGAGGAGUGAAAAGUGUGGCCUUUGUGUGGUGGGGUGAGCAGGUGCCGAUGGCUUUCUCUUGAUUCGCUUUGCUGCCAGAGGCAGGAGAACUGCUGUCUGCUCUGUCGCCUGUGGUACCUGCUAGGUCAUUCUUGAUUUCAUUUGCAUUGUGUAAUUUCUGGUCAGGGAGAACUUUCUCCUUAAAACAGUAACACAAUUUUAAAGAGCAAAAUAUAGACUGACUUGGAUUGUGAGCUAGUAAUUCAGAACAAAUAACCAUGCAAAAAUAAAAAUUGAAGACCCAUGUAUUAUGUGAACAACUUUUGAUCAGAGUAAUAAAUAUUUUACAAACUCU